AAACUCUUCAGUUUGUUACAUUGAACAAAAUGCAAAGUGCAAAGAAUUUGAGGUGAAGAAUAUAGGGGUAGCCGGGGACCGUUUAAUUGAUCAGAAAACAGGACCACUGGAACUAAAGUCUACCUAUUUACAAUAAUCUGGCAAUUUGUCAAGUGAAAACGUAUUGUCUGACUGCCAUACAGACAUUUAAAGCACAAACCAGCAGAUAAACAUUGAAGAGCUCGAGGAUUUGAGUGAGUUAAUGCUCUGAACUACCAUAAGGAUCUGCCAUGCCUUUGAUGGUUGAAGGCAAACAUAUGGGGGUACCUCCCAAAUCCAUUGAUGAAUUCCUGGAACGCUACCCCCAUUAUAAGGAAACUUCUAAGAAUCUCCUGGAACAAAAAUGUCGAUCCAUUGUUCCAAUAGGACUUCUGUACGUGGGACAGAGAGAGAUGGCUGCCACCACACCAGAUGAUGAAAUGAUACAGAUGAUGGGAACAGAGGAUGCCACAACUUGUCACAUCGCUAUUCUCCGGCAUACAGGGUCAGGAGCUGUGUGUUUGUGUCACUUUGACUCCUGUGGAAUUGAGACUGGAUGUAAGAAGAUGCUGGGACUAGUGAAAGAAUUAUCAAAAGAUAAGUUACCAGGCAGGAUAGAGCUCCAUUUAGCAGGAGGGUUCAGAGAUGAUAAGGGAAUGUCAGAGGAGCUGUCAAUCAAACUUUUGACUGCAUUUAAUAAUUUACCAGAAGAAAUCCAUUUACAGACAGCCUGUAUAACAGAUAUAAAUAAUACAAAGAAGAAUGCUACUAAUUUCCCUGUUAUUUAUGGUCUAGUGAUACACCUGAACAGUGGAGAAAUCCAGAAAGCCACGUUUUUAGAUAGGGGACCAGAUCAACCAAUCAGAUCAGCUCGUCAUUUCACAGGAAGUGAAGAGAUUAUCAACAUUUAUGACCACAAAAAAGGUCUUUUGUCCAUUGGUCCAUUUAACUACAGUACUAUGGAUGAGAUUGACCUUCUGUGUCGACUUCCAGAUCAGUUCAUACGAGAGCAUCUCUCCACGUCCCCUGAACAGGAGCCAGCACACUUUGAGGAGGCAGUCAGAGCAGCAUUGGUUCAGAUUAGGGAUCACCCAGAACCCCUUAAAACAGUGUUCAAAGAUGGCCGACCUCGUCAGUACAAGCUGGAAUCCAACGGGUCCUGGACGAACAGAAACGUGUAAAAUAUUUAGAACUGAGUUCAAACGGAAAAAAUUGAAAUGUAGUUUGAACGCUUAACUGACUAGACUGUGAUACCUGAUUAUUUUUAUACAUCAAUCAAGUUAUGUAUUAGUUGUUUUUAGUACUGAUUUUCAUUUGUUAAUUUAUUGAGAAAUCACUCCUCUGUCUUGUUGUUGGGUUAGUUAGCACUGGACUGGAAACUUCGAUUUAGAUGUCGUUUUCUGGCUAAUUACUAGUUUACACUUGCCAUUUUUCUAUUGUAGAAAUCACAGGUACUUGUGGACACAGGACCCCCCCCCCCCCCCCCCAGCAAUUCAACCCCGAUGUUUGUUGGACAUUUUUUUCACAAAUUAUAUUUAUUACACUUAUUCAUCAUGUGUACCAUAGGAAAAAAUCGUGAAACCCCCAAAAUAAUCGUUCCACACAAAAAUACCCCACUAUACAUUAUAAGAGAGAAAGGUAUGCCACUCCGGUUUGUUUACGUUGUACCCCCACUGGUCUUUCUGGGUUUAAAAACAUGUAUCUAUUUUAUUUCAACCUAAAAUGUCGGUUCACACUGUCUCUACAUAUAUUUCUGUCUUAGUUCAUGCUAUCGGAUUGACUCUGCAUCUCGUAAGAAUCCCACAAUUAAUCCUUAAACAGCAUUGUAGUCAGUGCGUUGAAAAUUCCUUAGGUAAACGCAACGGAAGUGCAUGGAGAAUAUAUUACGUAUUAUGAUAAAACCCGAGAGAGAUUAUUACGUCAAAGCCAAAACUCUCUCGGACGUUAUCGUAAUAAGUGAUACAUUCUUGGUGUACUUCCGUUGCGUUUACCUAAGGAAUUUUCAACGCACUGGCUUCAAUGCUGUUUAAGGAUUAAUUGUGGGAUUCUUACGAGAUGCAGAGUCAAUCCGAUAGCAUGAGCUAAGACUGAAAUAU